AUGAAUACAUUAACAGACUUCUGUGAUUUUCUGGAUCUUUCCAAGGGUUCAAAAAACCACGACAAUCUAUUGACGGUUUUGUUUCUGAGUAGAGGGGCGGAAUUUGAGAUGGAAUCUAGGGAAAAUAUUACCAAUGUUGGAGGCAAUAGCAAUGAGGGAGCUAGUCCUGAGCUGGUGGCUGAGGUGGUUCAGACAAAUAGGGGACACAAUUGUCCUGCGGCUGAGCUGGGUCGUUCUAUUGAUCAGUUCACCCAGCCAAAGCCUUUUGUUUUCAUGGGAAGUGUAGACCUGGUUCAAGCUAAAAAUUGGAUUGAGGAGAUUGAGAAGAUACUAGAUGUCCUGAACUGCACUAAAAAGAAGAAGGUGGCCUUUGCGACUUUUAAGUUGUCAGGCGAAGCAGAAAGAUGGUGGAAGUCUGUGAGAAUGCUUGAGGAGCAUCGAUCCAUUAUAGUGGCGAUAUCGUGGGCCCAUUUCAGAGAGUUGUUCUUUGGAUGGUACUUCCCAGCCACGGUUAGGAAUGCAAAAAUGGAGGAGUUCAUGAGUUUGGCACAGGGGCAGCUAACAGUUCAGCAGUACGCUGCCAAAUUUUAG